CAGGAGGAAGAGCUUGGGCCUACAGAUGCGACAACUGUGAGUACAGUGCAAAAGCUCGCGUCUACGUGGCAACAGCUGGGGAAGAUGGAAGAGGCUCAGGCGCUCUACCGUCGUGUAUACAUCUCUUACCUGAGAAUGUUUAACCAGAGCCAUCCCCAGACGCUUGAAGCUCUCGAUGACCUUGCGCACGUAUCAAAGGCUAGCAACGCCAUUGAUGAGGCCGAGACUCUUUACAAGAAAUCACUAGAGAUCAAAACCAGGGUCUUUGGAGCAGAACACCCUAACACCGCUGAUGCUAUGCAUAACCUUGCCGUUAUUGACGAUAUACGGUGCCGUUAUGAAGAUGCCAAAGUCAAGUAUCAAAAAGCCUUGGAUAUCAUGGCUGCCUCGAUAGGCAAAGCCCAUCCGCUUUACAUAACCACAUUGGAGAAUCUAGCA